AUGAUGGAGAAGAAGUCAAUUCAUCUGAUGACACGGGAUCUUGUCACGAUCACGAACAAGGCGCAAUAUCUAAGUAAGUCAGUUUUACUAUCGAAAGGGUUAAAAUAUUGUAUUUUUCAGCAAGUACAUCCUCAGAGAAGUAUCCAAUUGCACGUUUUUGCGCGACAUCACCUGACGACAGAUAACAAUGGAACGGAAGCUCAAAAAGUCCGUGGUUUUCCUCAAGUGGUCCGCUUAAUCUACGACGAAACCAGGCUUGCAGAGUGGUUAUGGACAACAGUUCCCUGCCGGUGCACACAUUAUGUAUUACGAGAAAGAUUACUGGAUGAGUCAAUUUUACUGAUGACACGGAUACUUGAUGCUACUGAUGACACGGAUACUUGGUACUACUAAUGACACGGAUUCUUGUUUGUCUCCGAUUUCACAGAAAAGUCCUAUUUCUACGUUAUCAUGGUGUUGUUUUCUGCGGAACGUCGAAUACAUAUCAAAACACGCGAGAAGCAGAAGAAUCUGGAGGAAAGUGAGUGAAAACGCGAGUACAUAGAAAUAACAGAGACUUUCAAAUACGUCUUUCAGGCAAAAAACAACGCCUCCACCGGCACCACAAACGAAUGAGAUGGCCGUGACGUCAACGGACUCGCCUGGACCGCCACGACAACCGAAUCUGAGGACUGUGCCAGCUCCAACAGCAGAAGCAGAGCCUCCACCGGCACCACAACCGAAUGAGAUGGCUGUGACGUCAACGGACUCGCCUGGACCGCCACGACAACCGAAUCUGAGGACUGUGCCAGCUCCAACAGCAGAAGCAGAGCCUCCACCGGCACCACAACCGAAUGAGAUGGCUGUGACGUCAACGGACUCGCCUGGACCGCCACGACAACCGAAUCUGAGGACUGUGCCAGCUCCAACAGCAAAAGCAGAGCCUCCACCGGCACCACAACCGAAUGAGAUGGCUGUGACGUCAACGGACUCGCCUGGACCGCCACGACAACCGAAUCUGAGGACUGUGCCAGCUCCAACAGCAGAAGCAGAGCCUCCACCGGCACCACAACCGAAUGAGAUGGCUGUGACGUCAACGGACUCGCCUGGACCGCCACGACAACCGAAUCUGAGGACUGUGCCAGCUCCAACAGCAGAAGCAGAGCCUCCACCGGCACCACAACCGAAUGAGAUGGCUGUGACGUCAACGGACUCGCCUGGACCGCCACGACAACCGAAUCUGAGGACUGUGCCAGCUCCAACAGCAGAAGCAGAGCCUCCACCGGCACCACAACCGAAUGAGAUGGCUGUGACGUCAACGGACUCGCCUGGACCGCCACGACAACCGAAUCUGAGGACUGUGCCAGCUCCAACAGCAGAAGCAGAGCCUCCACCGGCACCACAACCGAAUGAGAUGGCUGUGACGUCAACGGACUCGCCUGGACCGCCACGACAACCGAAUCUGAGGACUGUGCCAGCUCCAACAGCAGAAGCAGAGCCUCCACCGGCACCACAACCGAAUGAGAUGGCUGUGACGUCAACGGACUCGCCUGGACCGCCACGACAACCGAAUCUGAGGACUGUGCCAGCUCCAACAGCAGAAGCAGAGCCUCCACCGGCACCACAACCGAAUGAGAUGGCUGUGACGUCAACGGACUCGCCUGGACCGCCACGACAACCGAAUCUGAGGACUGUGCCAGCUCCAACAGCAGAAGCAGAGCCUCCACCGGCACCACAACCGAAUGAGAUGGCUGUGACGUCAACGGACUCGCCUGGACCGCCACGACAACCGAAUCUGAGGACUGUGCCAGCUCCAACAGCAAAAAGCAGAGCCUCCACCGGCACCACAACCGAAUGAGAUGGCUGUGACGUCAACGGACUCGCCUGGACCGCCACGACAACCGAAUCUGAGGACUGUGCCAGCUCCAACAGCAGAAGCAGAGCCUCCACCAGCACCACAACCGAAUGAGAUGGCUGUGACGUCAACGGACUCGCCUGGACCGCCACGACAACCGAAUCUGAGGACUGUGCCAGCUCCAACAGCAAAAGCAGAGCCUCCACCGGCACCACAACCGAAUGAGAUGGCUGUGACGUCAACGGACUCGCCUGGACCGCCACGACAACCGAAUCUGAGGACUGUGCCAGCUCCAACAGCAGAAGCAGAGCCUCCACCGGCACCACAACCGAAUGAGAUGGCUGUGACGUCAACGGACUCGCCUGGACCGCCACGACAACCGAAUCUGAGGACUGUGCCAGCUCCAACAGCAAAAAGCAGAGCCUCCACCGGCACCACAACCGAAUGAGAUGGCUGUGACGUCAACGGACUCGCCUGGACCGCCACGACAACCGAAUCUGAGGACUGUGCCAGCUCCAACAGCAGAAGCAGAGCCUCCACCGGCACCACAACCGAAUGAGAUGGCUGUGACGUCAACGGACUCGCCUGGACCGCCACGACAACCGAAUCUGAGGACUGUGCCAGCUCCAACAGCAAAAGCAGAGCCUCCACCGGCACCACAACCGAAUGAGAUGGCUGUGACGUCAACGGACUCGCCUGGACCGCCACGACAACCGAAUCUGAGGACUGUGCCAGCUCCAACAGCAAAAAGCAGAGCCUCCACCGGCACCACAACCGAAUGAGAUGGCUGUGACGUCAACGGACUCGCCUGGACCGCCACGACAACCGAAUCUGAGGACUGUGCCAGCUCCAACAGCAGAAGCAGAGCCUCCACCGGCACCACAACCGAAUGAGAUGGCUGUGACGUCAACGGACUCGCCUGGACCGCCACGACAACCGAAUCUGAGGACUGUGCCAGCUCCAACAGCAGAAGCAGAGCCUCCACCGGCACCACAACCGAAUGAGAUGGCUGUGACGUCAACGGACUCGCCUGGACCGCCACGACAACCGAAUCUGAGGACUGUGCCAGCUCCAACAGCAAAAGCAGAGCCUCCACCGGCACCACAACCGAAUGAGAUGGCUGUGACGUCAACGGACUCGCCUGGACCGCCACGACAACCGAAUCUGAGGACUGUGCCAGCUCCAACAGCAAAAAGCAGAGCCUCCACCGGCACCACAACCGAAUGA